AUGGUCGAUGACGACGAUAUUAAUGCUUCUAUAGCUCAUAUUGUACUAUGCUGUGUAGCGGGACAGGGUUUGGGACGAGUGUACGCAAAAAGCUAUUCGCAUCCUGGCAUGCAUGCAAAUUAUUUUAUACAUGGACUUAUUGGAUUUUUGCAUUACCAAAGUGGAAGAUUCAAUAAUGAUUUUAAAAGUCCCUACACUAUAAGUUAUCGAGCAACUCGCUAUUUGGCUUUACCAUGUUUAAAUGCGGACCUUUACCGUGGAGAUUCUACCUUGAGCACCGUCCAUCUUGUUUCCGGUUUAAUUCCUUUCGCAAUGGCGUUGGCGGGAAAUGAUAAUCCACAUUUAGGAAAUAUAGUUAUCGCUUGUAAUAUUGUGUCUCUGUGUGUUUAUUCUCAUCAGAAUGACAGAAUUUGGGGCUGGUAUACCGCUGGAGCAGCCGUCGGUGCUUAUUUUCUUACAAUACAAUACAACAAAAAAAUCACUUAUCCACUUUUCUUAGCUCUCGUGGAUUAUUGUGCGUAUAAAGUUUUUCAUAUACAUUUUGGG